AUGCUUACUGUAAAGGAUUACAGCAUUCGGCGCGGUGUUGAGUACAGAGUGAUGGAGUCGAAUCAUCUUAAGUACCAUGAGAGAUGCAAGGAGUUUGAGAAGGGUUGCACGUGGAUGACUCGCGUCAGCCUUCGAGCACGGAAGGGAACCUGGGAGGUUCGACGUAUCGAUAAAGGUGUUGCAAGAAGCUACCGAAGGAACGUACGGGUUCAAGCCAACUUACAGGAAGACGUGAUUGGCGAAACAGAAGGCGGUAGCACAGAUAUACGGGGACUGGGAAGAGUCCUACGCCAAGCUACCUCGUUGGAUCCUUGGUGUGCAGUCUACCAUGGAGGGGAUGGUUUUCUUGUUGAAGACGUCUCUGGUUCGAGUCGCAUAGACGAUACUCAUCUGUAUGGCAAGUAUAGAGGGACUUUGCUUCUGGCCAUCGCUCAAGAUGAAAACUCCAACAUCUUGCCUAUUGCUUUCAGUCUCGUGGAGGGAGAAAAUGCCGAGUCGUGGUCUUUCUUCCUGACCAACCUGCGCCAACAUGUGACUCCGCAACAGGGGAUACUGGUCAUCUCAGAUAGGUACAACGGCAUCAAGGCUGCACUAGAGAACCCUAACAGUGGGUGGUUACCCCCGCAUACAUACCGAGCAUUUUGUAUUCGGCAUGUUGCAGCUAACUUCGCACUCAGUUUCAAGGGCACGGAUGCAAAGAGUUUGCUUGUGAACGCGGCUUAUGUGAAGACUGAGGUAGAGUUUCACUAUUGGUUUGAUAUAAUGCGGACUGAGAAUCCAGCAAUGUGUGAUUGGACGAACAAAAUAGAAUAUGAUAAGUGGACUCAGCACCAGGAUGGUGGCAGACGAUUCGGUCACAUGACGACCAAUAUAUCUGAGUGUGUUAAUUUUGUCCUGAAGGGUACAUGGAAUCUUCCGGUUACCGCCCUUGUGAAGUCCACAUACGGUCGGCUAGCAGAGUUGUUUGUGAUUCGUGGUCAGACGGCAGAGGCUCAAUUGGCCAGGGUGCCAAGUUCUGCCAGUCUUUUAUGA